AUGGGCAAACGACGUCGUGCCCCGAGCGAUGACAGCGACGAGGAGCCCAAGACGCAGCGCAGUAUGAACGUAGAUGUCGCCCCGCCUAGACGCAACCGUAAGGGGUUCUUGGAGCAGUCGCAGCUGACAGAAAAGGACCGACGUCACGUGCGAUAUAAAGAACGUGAACUGUUUCAAAGUAUCAAGGAAAAUGCCAAUGAUUUGGCCAAACUAUCGAGUGAUACGUUUGAUACACAUACACAGGAAUUGGAUCAAAUGUAUGCAAAUGUUUGUUACCCACGUGAAGCCAAUUUGGACGCCAGUAAUCUUGAUGAACUUAAUGUCGCGGUUGCGAAACAGUCGCAAGCUUUAAGUACAAGCGAUUUGACUAAGUACGAUACAAUGGAUUUAAUCCGAGCAACACAUGAUGCAUAUGCGAUAGAGUCGCAGAAUGGAGAAUUGGACUGGAACGCGUUAGGACAAGCGGCGGGUGCUUGUUUUCGAUCUGUUCCGGAAAGUAGUUUCUUGUUUGGACUGAUGGAUACGCAGGUGGUGCGAAAGGAAAGGAAAAAGUCGAGACGAGUUCAGGAAGAUGCCAAUGCUGAAGAAGCGCAGCCAACGGAGUAUACUAACAAGAAAGACCGUAGGGACGCACAAGCUCGGCGGUUAGAGAUUUUGCAAUCAACGUUGAUUCAGCGUGAAUGUCGUCAACCACUUUUUGACAUGGUGGUUGAUCCAAAGAGUUUCACUCAGACGGUUGAAAACCUGUUCGACACGUCGUUUCUUGUGCGUAACAACUCUGCUGAAAUUGGUAUCGACGAUGAUACUGGGCUUCCAUAUCUGAGAAAUCAGGAGGGAAUGGGUGAGAUUAAUAUACCCGCGUCGACACAGAGCAUCAUUAGCAUUACCCCGGCUCAAUGGGAGCAGCUUGCCCAAGUUACAGGGCGAGAUGAACCUCUGCUUGGCCAUCGCUCGUAG